AUGAAUUCUAUAAGAUCACACGUUUUACUCCUAACGUUAUUUACUUUGUUAACCGUGUCAGGUGCCAUAAAUGAAAUCUCAACAGAACCAAUUGCAGUUAACCAGAAGUACAAGAAUGCCGCUGAUGAAUUAUCGCAGCAACGGCUCCUUUCGCAAUUACUAGAUGUUACCUCAACUGGUACUUUUAACGAAACAAGCAUCUAUAAUAGUCUUAUUACUGAAUCAACGAGAACACAAUUAAACCAAAUGAACAAUACUUCAACAAUGGCAGAUAGUACAUCAAGUACAUCCGCAAUGAAUCCAGACAGCCAGAUAACGUUGGCUCAACGAUAUAAUAUAACAAGUUCAUAUCAUCCAAAAACAUCCAGUUAUUCCGGUAGUUCGAGUUCGACACAUAUAAGCACCUUUAGUAGAUCGGAUGACGGAUUUAAAAUGAAUGUACGAGACUCGAGCGCAUCCGGUCUAAUUUUAUUUGUUCUCCUAUUUAUAUUCUAA